AGAAAAGAGGACAGGCAAUGACAACGAUGGAAGGAGGGCUCACACGGAGAACAAGAGAAGCCAUCAGAAGGCAAGUGCUGUUUCUGUUCCUAUUCUGGUCUCCAUUCUGCUGGGUGGUAUCUGAGCAGGUCCACUAUUCAGUUCCAGAGGAAACAGAGAAGGACUCCUUUGUGGGGAACCUUGCUAAGGAUUUGGGACUGGAUGUCAGAGAGCUGUCAAAACGCAAGCUUGGUAUCUCUUCAGGAAAGCAAUACUUUGCUUUGAAUGAACAAAAUGGCAACCUGUAUGUGAAGGACAGGAUAGACCGGGAAGAGAUUUGUGGAAAAUCAUCUACGUGUGUCAUAAAAUUAGAAGUUGUAGCUCAAGAUCCUUUGAAUAUUUUCCAUGUAAAUGUUUUUAUCCAAGACAUUAAUGAUAAUGCCCCACAUUUCCAGACAGAAAAUAUUAAUCUUAAAUUGAGUGAGUCUAAUUUGCCAGGAGCUCGAUUUUUUCUUGGAAAUGCUGAAGAUGAGGACAUUGGAAUCAACUCCCUCCAAAAUUAUCAUUUGAGCCCAACUCCAUAUUUUAAGCUAGAAAUUCAAGAGAGCAAAGAUGGUGGCAAAUAUGCAGAAUUAAUAUUGCAAGAUCAACUGGACAGGGAAAAGAAACACACACACCAUAUGGUCCUUAAAGCAGUAGAUGGAGGAGAUCCAGUAAAAACUGGGACUGCCAAUAUACGAGUAAAUAUUACUGAUAUAAAUGACAAUCCUCCUAUCUUCUCCCAGUCAACCUACAAGGUAAGCUUGAAAGAGAAUGCACCCAGAGGAACAUCUGUGCUUCAAGUUAAAGCUUCUGACAGCGAUGAAGGGUCAAAUGCUGAAAUCACAUAUACUAUCAGCAAAAUCCAAGAUACCGCCCAGAAGAAAUUUCAUCUGGACCCCAGAAAUGGAACAAUGACACUUAUGGAAAGUAUCGAUUUUGAGGACAGAAGAAACUAUGCGAUGAUAAUACAGGCAAGUGAUGGAGGUGGAUUGGUGGCACAUUGCAAUGUGGAGAUUGAGGUUCUUGAUGAGAACGACAAUGCUCCAGAUGUGAUCCUUACCUCUGUGUCCAGUCCAGUCCCAGAAGGUGCUGCUCCUGGAGGUGUGAUUGCUCUCAUCAAAGUUCAUGAUACAGAUUCUGGAGAGAAUGGGGAAGUCACUUGUCAUCUGGGAGAACUGGUACCAUUCCAGAUAGUCUCAUCUUCAGAUAACUACUUCAAGCUGCUCAUAGAAGGUCCGCUUGACAGAGAAAGGACCCCGGAGUAUAAUAUUACAAUCACAGCCACAGACAAAGGCACACCUCCUCUCUCCACACACAAAACCAUCUCAAUACAGAUCUCAGAUAUCAAUGAUAAUCCUCCCACCUUUGGAACAUCUUCCUAUACCGCCUACUUUCCAGAGAACAACCCAUCUGGAGCUUCCAUUUUCCACGUCAAGGCCUCUGACCCAGAUCUGGAACGCAAUGCCCAAAUCACUUACUCCAUUCUCAAGAGCAACAUUGAGGAUCUGCCUCUGUCCUCCUAUAUCUCCAUUAACUCUGAGACUGGAAGCCUCUAUGCUCAGCGCUCCUUCGACUAUGAGCAAUUCAGGGAGUUUCAGAUCCAAGUGAAGGCCCAAGAUGGAGGCUCCCCACCCCUCAGUAGCAGCGCCACGGUGAGAGUGUGUGUGUUGGACAGGAAUGAUAACACUCCCCAGAUCCUGUACCCAUCCCAAGCAGCGGAGGGUUCAUCUUUCUUUGAGAUGGUGCCUCGGUCAGCUGAGCCAGGUUAUCUCGUGACGAAGGUGGUGGCGGUGGAUGCUGACUCUGGGCACAAUGCUUGGCUCUCUUUCCACCUCCUGCAGGCCACCGAGCCCUCCCUCUUCACUAUCGGCUCCCACACAGGAGAGGUCCAAACAGCCCGGGAGCUACUUGAGAGAGAUGCUGUGAAGCAGAGGCUGGUCAUCAUGGUGAAGGAUAGUGGACUUCCUCCUCUCUCAGCCACUGUGACUCUGAACAUGGUGUUUGCUGAGAACUUUCAGGAGGCUCUCCCAGAAAUGAAUUCCCAACCUGAUGACACAGUGUCUCAGCCCGAUGUACAGUUCUAUUUGGUAUUGGCAUUGGCUCUAGUGUCCUUUCUGUUCCUAGUGACGGUGAUAUUGACCAUCAUGAUGAAACUUCGAAGGUCAAAGAAUCCCCCUUUCCUUCAGUGUUUUAUUCCUGAUCCUCAUUCAAAGGCUGGUGCCAUAUUCCCACCAAAUUAUGAGGAUGGGACCUUGCCGUAUUCCUACCAGGUCUGUCUGUCCUCUGAAUCGAGGAGGAAUGAGUUGACUUUCCUGCAACCCAGUGUCCAGGUAGCAGGGAAUAUCCUUUGCAAUGGCAAAUCGGACAUU